AUGGAUGAUAGCCUGGGGCUUAUUAUAUCAAACAGUGUUGAGAUGAUCAUCAACCUGGCCCUCUUUGGUGGGACCCAGAGUGGGGAAAGCUCUGCUGGCAACAGCUUGCUGGGCAGCACAGACUUCCCCAGCUGUUUGGCUCCAUAUUCUGUGACCAAAGACUGCAGCCUGGGCCGAAGCUGCCAAAUUGCCCACUUCAUGAGGCGUGAUGGGCAAGAAAUGACUCUGCAGAUUCAAGUAUUAGACACGCCAGGCUAUCCCCACAGCAGCCUGAGCCAGGAGCAGGUGAAACAGGAAGUGAAGGAGGCCCUGGUGAGGCAUUUUGGAUGAAACAGUCUCCACCUUGCUCUACUGGUCCUGAGAGCCGAUGUGCCCCUCUGUGGAGCGAGAGAAUGUUCUGCCAUCUAGCUGCUGCAGGAACUUCUGGGUCCUGCUUGGAAGAAUUUUACAGCCAUUCUUUUCACCCAUGCAGAAAAACUAGAAGAGGCUCGACUCAGUGAAGAGGAAUACUUACACACUGCUUCUCAUCCUCUAUUAACUCUGUUGCACUCUGUUCAACAGAGAUAUAUUUUUCAAUACAAUCAGAAAAUCACACUUAAAGAACAAAGAAUAAUAGAAUUUGUUAAAGAAAAUUGUUACCAAGCACUUUAUUUUAAAUAA